AUGGCCUCCUCGUCGAUGCAUCUUUCGAGAAUGCGGAGAUGGGUUCUCUCCUCUCCUCCAAUUGAGUGGGCUCUGUCACAUCUCCGGGAGCUGAUGAUUGGUGCUCUCAGAGAAGGGCCGGUUCCGCAACAUGUGGCGUUUGUUAUGGAUGGCAAUAGACGGUUUGCUAGGCAUCAUCGGAUAGAGAAGCUUGAGGGUCACAAUUUGGGGUUUGAGGCAUUAGCAAAGAUACUAGAAGUGUGCUACAAAGCUGGAGUUCGGGUGGUGACGGUAUAUGCCUUCAGUAUUGAGAAUUUCAAGAGAUCGAAAUACGAGGUCGAUGCGCUGAUGGAUAUGGCAAGAGUGAAACUGGCCCAGCUGUCUCAACAUGGAGAUCUGCUGGAUCGCUACGGCGCGAGUGUGCGUGUUCUGGGACGCAGAGACCUACUCAAACCAGAGGUAUUAGAGGCAAUCGAUAAGGCGGUUGAGCUGACUAGUCGAAAUGGGGACGCUAUCCUGAAUAUUUGUUUCCCUUACACAUCGAGAGACGAGAUAACAACGGCAAUCCGGGACACAGUUAUCGAGUACAGUACUCCUCUCGAUCGGACGCAAUUACCACGGUGCAAUAGGUCACGGCGUGCCUUUUCCGAAACCCAUAUUAAAGAAAGCAUACAAAGGGAAGGGGCCAUGCCCAAUGGAAUCGAUACAGAUUCUUCCCUCUUACAACCUCGUGGUAAACGAGACGGGAGAAGCUCCAGCGCCGAUCCCCCUUCCGAACACCCUUCAUCAUAUUCCUCAGCAACAACCACCCGCCAAGGCGCAGGAAAAAUCCCCACAAUUCCAGAAGGCUACACUGGCUACCCACCAAACAGCGACCAGCUGAUCUUCCUCUCACCAGAGACCAUCACUUCGCAAACAAUUACGGACCACAUGCUUACUGCCGGUUGCCCGGCUCUGGAUCUCCUCAUCCGGACAUCUGGCGUGGAGCGACUGAGCGAUUUCAUGCUAUGGCAGUGCCACCAGGACACGGAGAUCGUGUUCCUGGACACUCUCUGGCCAAACUUUGACCUCUGGACGUUCUUGCCAGUGCUGUGGGAGUGGCAAUGGCGGAUACGCAAGCAGUGUAGUCGAAAUGGGGAGCUGGGGAACGGUGAUGAGGACGACUACGGCUUGCAUGACGAAGUCACCAAUGGUGUGAAUUCGGACCCCCCGUUAACACUCAUACAAAAUGGCAAGUUCAAGAAUAUAUAA